AUGGCGCAACCCGCAAUCAUCGCAAAUGGUGGCUUGAAAAUAGACGAGACUGCGUCAACCACUUCUCCUGAAAUCGACGAUCUGCGCGACCCCUUUUACGCCUCGAUAUUUCCGCAAUGUUACGCCUUAGCCGCGACGACCGUCCUUGCCUACAUGCUGCUCAUUAUGCUGUUCGUUGCGCCUAGGUCGUUCUUGGACGGUGGAGUUGUCGUUCUGGGUCGCCGUGGCUUCACGAACAGCCCUUCCAACGGCAUCAGUAUCGGAGGACGUCCAUGGCUGCAAAAGGUCGCUGCUUUGACGGUUGCUAUUUCGCUCACCAUCGCGACUGCUGAUACCUUCCGUGUCGCCGAGACCCAGUAUGCCUUUGGAAUUCAGAAUGCGCAGCAGCUCCAGGAAGAAGUUCUUGGUGGAACUCAGCUGAAGGCCAUCCAACUCAUCUCGGACACCUUCUUGUGGUUAGCCCAGGCUCAGACCCUCAUCCGACUAUUCCCGCGUCAGCGCGAGAAGGUCAUCAUCAAAUGGACGGCUUUCUCGCUGAUAUCUCUGGAUGUCAUAUUUGGCGCGCUCAACAGCUUCCACUAUACUGGACCGGGCAACACCAGGCCCCGUAGUUUCACCGAUGCUGUUCCGGCACUCAGCUACCUCUUUCAGCUUUCCCUAGGGCUGUUAUAUGCAGCAUGGGUGCUUUAUUAUGCUUUCAUGAAGAAGCGAUACGCCUUCUAUCACCCAUUGAUGAAGAAUAUAUGUAUCAUGGCUAUGCUUUCUAUCAUAUCCUUACUUGUUCCCGUGGUCUUCUUCGUCCUCGACAUCGCCGAGCCCGAGUUUACAGGCUGGGGUGACUACGUCAGAUGGGUUGGCGCAGCCGCGGCGAGCGUUGUUGUUUGGGAGUGGGUAGAGCGUAUCGAGGCCUUGGAACGUGAAGAAAAGAAGGAUGGCGUUUUGGGUAGAGAGGUCUUUGACGGCGAUGAGAUGAUCGAAGUAUCACCUUCAGAUCUUUCGUGGCCGCGGCGGAGGAAGUUCAGAAGGAAGGACUACGACGACGACGGCGGUGAGAAUGGCGGCAGCUCGUCGUCAGGGGGGAAAAGUAAUAUGUGGCCUGCCAUGUCGUCGAUCGCCAGUCGGUGUCGGUCAAGGUCGAACAGUAACCCCGACAGGAGACGACCGAAUCAAGAUACCGAAGCUGCUUCAAGUAGCAGAUCAGCGCCUCGGUUCUUGCAACCACCCCUUUGGCCUUCUCGACCGCCUCCAGCUGUUACCCCAGUCAGCCGGACAGAUACCGCGAGUGCUGAUAGCACAGUGUACGCUGUUCGGUACCAACCUUUAACAGAGACUACUUCGAGAACCACCGACGAGAGAGAUGGCCGGCCGCCAUCUAGGAGUGGAAGCGUGGAUUCUUCAACUACGGAAGUAAUUCCGGAACGGAACGAGCAACCAGAAAACACGUCUCAGUCGCGACAACCUUCUGUAGCACGCACAUCCGACAAAGACGAGGCAGGAAACGGAGGCCGCUGGGGUUCCUUGACGCAGCACAAUCCUUUCCGUCACGCAACGCGUCAGCCACCAGCCGAAGUCGUUCCCCAUACAAUGCCCAAACCACGGAAACAAAGGCGCGAAAGCGACUUGGGCAUGUGGGAUUUCCGAGGACGGAUGGAAGACUUUGCUGCCUCACAAGCUGAGAGGGUCUUGGAAAAGAUAAGGCCGACGCCAGACACUGAAAGUCUUCCUGUCGCAGUGAUACCUCCCCCUCAGCGCCGCGGCGCAGCACUCGCGCAGCUUUUGGAAGAGGAGGAACUCGAGACAAGCAGAUCGACCAUGACACCCGCGUCGCCCUCCCUAGGUCCGGAGAGAAUGACGAGCAGUGGAAGCAUAGGAUCUGGCACGAUGGCACCACUUUUACCUCAUAGACAUCGGACGAACAGCGGAGCGUCACGCUCGUUGGGUCCCAUGCUCAGCCCGCCAGAAAGGAACGAUACGUUCCAUCUGAGGUCGGCCAACAGACACGAAAGCACCUCCCUGCCGUCACCGCUCAAUAGAAGUGGCGACCAACGAGAAAGGGGGUUUUCUGAAAGGAGACCCGUAGUCCACAUAUUACGGGACGAGCCUACACAACCUCCGACAUAUUAA